CUGAGACAGCCGAUCUGGCAACGCUUUGCAACAUCACAGCAACGACCUGUAAACAGCUGCUGUCGUGCAUUUAAAGGAAUUUGGUUUUUAUAUUUGAAUGAGAUGAUGAUAUGUCGACUCUGCCUGGAGGAUACAGAGCACAUUGUGCCCAUCUUCCACGAGGAUGGCGGGCCCGUGCAUCAAACGAUGCGGCAGCUGGCGGAACUGAUAGAGAAGCAUCUGCAGCUGGUGCUGGCGGCCAAUGACGCGGUGUCUACUUGCCUGUGCGGCACCUGCUGGCAGCAGCUGUCCAGCUUCGAACAGUUUUGCGCCAUGGUGGCGGACAAACAGCGCGCCUUGCAGCUCAAGAUUGAGGUCUCAGAUCCAGAGCCGGAACCGGGUCUUAUCGUGUGGAACACCGAGUCGCCCAUCGAGUCGAAGAUCAAUUUCGAGGCCGGUGAUAUUAAGGAUCACAUUUUAUGUGAGCCCGUCAUCGAUGCAAUGUCCGCCAGAGACGAUCAGGAUAGUGAUGACGAUGGCGAUCGAUUUCAGACGGACUACGAGCCCAACGCCAUCGAGCCAGAUCCUGUGAAACCUACUCGAACUAGAGGCAGGCCCCGCAAAACUCUCCAAAAGGAAUCCCAGCUCAUAAAAAAGAAAUACGAGAAGCACAAACAGGCGAGAGCGGCGGCCCUCACUGGGCUCACACUCCGCGAGUCCCGAGCCCGUGCCCGCGAGCUUAGACAAAAACCUGAGCCCGCAUCAUCCGGCAACGAAUCGACACCUUCGGCCAACGCGCCCAGCGUGCCGGCCCAGCGGGCCAGCGGCACGAAACGUGUCCGUGCCACGACUAAGCGCAAGAAAAAGCAUCCAACUAUUGAGGUGGCAACUGACCCUGAACCUGCGGUGAAGCGUAACAGCAUCAAGGAGAUGGACGAAUUUAUAGCUGCCAAUGUGAAGCUCGACUGUUGCCUGUGCACGGCACCCCUUGCGGACUUCAACGAUCUGAAGCGACACUUUCGCGUGGAGCACAAUGUGCUGGGGUACGUGAAGUGCUGCAACAAUCGGUAUAAGAAGCGUACGCUAUAUGUGGACCAUCUGCACUGUCACAAGGAUCCGCAGUACUUCAGCUGCAAGCCGUGCCGCAAGAACUUCCUGAAUCGCAACAGCCAGGUGAUGCACAUGCUGCGCUUCCACUCCGAGCAGCAGGAGUUGGUGCACCAGUGCGCCAUCUGUGAGGCACGGUUUGCCAAGAAGUUCCUCCUGACCAUGCAUCUGAAGGGUCACAAGGGCACCGAGCGACCCGAGGUCUGCGACACCUGUGGCAAGACAUUCCGCACCAAAUUUGAGCUGAGCGCCCACGAUAAGCGAAUGCACGCGGCAGACUUCACCCCAAUCAUCUGCGACAUCUGUGGCACGCAUUUCCGCUCAAAGGCCAACUUUAUCAUACACAAGAAGGCACUACAUCCGGAUGGCCCCGUGGCGGAGGUGCAGUGUAACCUGUGCGGCCGCUGGCUGCGGGACGAGCGGAGUCUCCGCAAGCAUCUCGCUAGACACGAUGAUCGCGACAAUUCGAACAAGUAUCGUUGUACCCUCUGCAACGCGGAGAAGUCCUCUCGUGCCGCACUCAGCAGCCACAUGAGAUACCAUCACUCCGCCAAGCGGCACAAGUGCAGCCUCUGCGACAAGGAGUUCAAACUGCCGCGCGCCCUGGUUGAGCAUAUGGCCACGCACACCGGCAUCGAUCUGUACUCGUGUCAGUUCUGCACCCGCACCUUCAAGUCGCACGCCAACAUGCACAACCACAAGAAGAAGAUGCAUCCAAAUGAUUGGGUGCGCAAGUAUUCCCAGCCGACAACCAGUUCCGCUUUGGUCUCCGCCUCCGGCCAUCUCUCCAGCACGGAGGCAGAGACAGCUGCGGCGGCCAAUGUGCCGGGGCCGGCCAUCAACUUAAUGGAUGAUCCAUCCGUUGGCGAGACCUUUGAGCUGCUUAGCAACAGCUCCGCAUGCCCCACGCUCGACUGAAAUCAUUCCGCUCCCUGGUGCCCCCCCACCCCAUCUUAAUACCGGGGAUUGAAAUGUGUCGGGCUUGCGCGCGCGUGUGUAUGUGUGUGUGUAUACGUAUAUAAUUAUUGUAUAAAAUU